AACAGAAUAGAUAAUGGAAGAAUAUAAAUGGUAAAACCCAUGAUAAAUCUCAAGAACAUGAUAAUGGCGCUAUCAUCUUCAUCAUCAUCAUCAUGUUCAUGUUUUUCACCUUCUACAACAACACUUCAUCCUCGUUCCCGUUCUUUCACUACUCAAUUCCACCGUAACAAACCUUGUAUCCGUUUUCGCCGAACAAUUUCCGCCACCGCUACUGUUUCAACUCCGUCACUCCACUCUACCACCAGAGAAGGACUUGACGCCGUUAACAUUGCCGAAGAUGUCACUCAGUUGAUUGGAAAUACACCUAUGGUGUAUCUGAAUAAAGUUACAGAAGGAUGUGUAGCUAACGUUGCUGCAAAACUUGAAUCUAUGGAGCCAUGCCGAAGUGUCAAGGACAGAAUUGGCUAUAGCAUGUUGGCUGAUGCUGAAGAGAAUGGAGCAAUUGCUCCGGGGAAGACUGUUUUAGUUGAACCAACAACUGGAAAUACAGGACUUGGCCUUGCUUUUGUUGCGGCAACUAAGGGGUAUAAAUUGAUAGUCACAAUGCCUGCUUCCGUAAAUAUUGAGAGGAGAAUCCUUUUACGCACAUUUGGUGCAGAGGUUAUUUUGACGAAUGCAGAGAAAGGGCUGAAAGGGGCUGUUGACAAAGCUGAAGAAAUUGUCAACGCCACACCCAAUGCUUACAUGUUUCGACAGUUUGAUAACAAAAAUAAUACCAAGAUCCACUUCGAAACUACAGGGCCAGAGAUAUGGGAGGAUACCAUGGGUAGUGUUGAUGUAUUGGUUGCUGCUAUUGGAACUGGCGGCACUAUUACAGGCACCGGAGAUUAUCUGAAAUUGAUGAACAAAAAUAUACAGGUGGUUGGGGUGGAACCUGCAGACAGAAGUAUAAUCUCAGGAGACAAUCCAGGUUUCAUACCAAGCAUUUUGGAUAUCAAACUGCUUGAUGAGGUUGUCAAGGUUACCAAUGUUGAAGCUAUUGAAAUGGCAAGGAGAUUAGCAUUGGAAGAAGGAUUGCUGGUUGGGAUUUCUUCAGGAGCUGCAGCAGCAGCUGCCAUAACUUUAGCAAGGCGGCCCAAAAAUGCUGGAAAACUUAUAGCAGUUAUUUUUCCUAGUUUUGGUGAGAGGUAUCUUACCACUACCCUCUUCAAUUCUAUCUAUGAAGAGGUUCGGCGAAUGUAACAACUAGAUUUUCCCUUAAUGUGACGAAUGGCAUUUGGAAAUUGAAGUUUCUCUCAUGGCAUCAUUCAAGAACAAGAAAAUAGUUGCCAUAUGUUUUGUACAGGUAUAAUCACACAGUAUGUGUAAGAUUAAAAUCAGUAUGUAGCUGCUGUAAAUUUUUAAAUCAUAGGAAGUUUUGCAUCAGAUGCAUCCAUUUGGAAAAAGAACGUUUCUUGAAGCUGAGUUCAUACUGGAUGCAGAAGGGGACUGACUUGAUGUACAAUUAUUUUUGUUUUGGUGCUGGUAAUAUAGCUUGGACUAGCAUUCUAUUCUUUUCA